UCGCCCGCCAGAGCUCGUAACUUUUGAUUCUGCAAUUUAUCACCACAAAUCUCGUUCACGAUGGCCGACACUGCCAAGCCCGCCGCAAAGUCUGCUAAGCCAGCUGCCAAGCCCCAGCACCCUGCCUACGCUGUCAUGAUUGCUGCCGCGGUGAAAGCCCUGAAGGAGCGCACUGGUUCUUCUCGUCAGGCUAUUCUGAAGUACAUCGUCGCCAACUACAAGGUUGGUGAUGAGAAGAAGGCUGGCGUCCGCCUCAAGCUGGCUCUGAAGAAGGGUGUUGCCUCUGGUGCCCUGAAGCAGGUUAAAGGAGCUGGUGCCUCCGGCUCCUUCAAGCUGGCCAAGGAAGAGGCCAAACCAGCUAAGAAGCCUGCUCCCAAGAAGGCCGCCCCUAAGAAGCCUGCUGCCAAGAAGGCCGCCCCCAAGAAGCCUGCAGCCAAGAAGGCCGUGAAGAAACCAGCUGCCAAGAAGGCUGCGAAGAAGCCUGCUGCAAAGAAGGCAUCCCCCAAGAAGGCCGCAAAGAAGCCUGCUCCCAAGAAGGCUGUCAAGAAGCCUGCAGCAAAGAAGGCCGCCGCCAAGAAGUGAACGACCCAAUACAAGCAAACGUUAGUGUAAGAGCAUCUCUAGGUGCGAUUUUAAUGCUUCUGUAAGAAGUUAUAGGUUUAAGAACCUUAAUGUACCUGAUCUCGUAUGUAAGACGACUGUACAUAUAUAUAAAUAUAGAUUCCUUUAUAAA